GCUUCCUUGGUGCUCUCCCUGGUCUUUAUCUUCCUGUAUCUGCUCUACCAGCCCUCACCGUCCUUCCGGUGGACCAAGCUAUCUAGGCUCAGCCGCCGCAGGCAACAACCCAAGCCCGCGCCGCCCAUCAUAGAGGAGGAGGACGACGGGGACGACACUGUGUCCGAAGAGGAGCCGCCCCGACGACGACACAUCGAGCACACGCCCCUGCCGCCUCUGCUUACCGAUUAUCCGUAUUAUCCCUUUGACGGCGGCGUCUUGAGCCACAGCAGUCGCAAAGGCAGCGAGGCGAGGGAGAAAACGGGUCGCAAAGAAUUGGUGCGGAGCAGCGACAAACGAAACAGCAGCAAGAGCGGCAAACAAGCCUCAACCAACGAAAGUGGGGGAGGAAAAGGAGGAGGAAGAGGAGGCGGAGGAGGAAAGGGGUCAAACAGCGAACGUAACACCUCCAAGAGCAACCACCACCGCCAUGGCGACAUCGACGACGAAGACCACGACCCUCGGCCCGCUCGACCAGCUCGACGCGUCACUGGACGACUUCGCGCGCUCGAUUCGCAACCCGAACCGCCUGCCGUUCGGCUACCAGUCGGCCCACUCGGGCUUCCGGAGCGACGACCCGAGCGAGGCGGACGCCUCGGACUCGGAAGCAUCCGCCGGUGGCUACAGUCCGCCCGCCUGGAGACGCCUCGGCAACGGCGACCGCAGCAGCGGCUUCUGGCGGAGAGGUGACGGCCUCGCCAACAUGUACGACGCGGCGGACGACGCGGCCGAUGACGAUGACGACCUUCUUGACGGGCGCGCGCGCGCGAGAGAGAGCAGCCCGGAAUACGAAAGCGCCGACGAGGGGGACCCGAUCCUCGCGCAGGCCAUCAGGACGAGGUUACCGACAGGCAGUCUGUCGCCCGAGAAGGGGGCCAGUCCCGAGCCGGAGUUCCACCCGGCCCAGCAGCAUCUCAUAGAUGAGGUAGUGAACAUUAAGCGGGAAGACGAUGAUGGCCGCUUGGCCCUGAGCGACCUGAAGGAUGAGGCGCUCGCGUCAAAACAUGUCCCAGACAACUUCAUUCGCUUCGCCGUUCGAGCAGAGGUCCAGCAUCGGACCGAACCCAUCGAGUUGGCCAUCAACUUUGUCCGCACCACGUUCCACGCUAUGACCAGGUCGUGGACUUCCAUGUUCUUCUCCUUCAUCGUCGCCAUACUGUCGUAUGCAGCGCUACGAUGGCUCUCACAGCCGGCAGCGAUGCGGCCAGUCCCCGAUCUAGUCAAGGUCGCCGGAGUCGCCCGCUCGCUCGAGCCUCUGAUCUACUACUCCGAGAACGGUAUCCAGCAGGUGGGCGACCUACAGGCCACGGGGGUCGCGGUCUGGGAUCUCGGCGAGAGCGUCCGCAGCAGUAACCUGACCUCGGCUCCGAUCAUCGUCAAGGAGCUCGACGAUCUCAGCGAAAGCCUCAAGACGCUGGCCAUCGAACUCACCAAGUUCUUUGCCAACGUCGACGGAGACAUUGACGGCAUUCUGAUCGUCAUGGACUGGGCCCGCCGCGAGCUUCACCAGGUACAACAUCUUCCGACCCUCCCCUUCUCAUUCGCCUUCGACAACAUCCACAACCUCCUCUCCAACGCCGGCAUCCUCGAAAACCCGCACACCGGCCAACCGACCCGGCUCGGCGUCCUGGCAACCUCCCUCUUCGGCUACUCUACGCCCCAGCGCACCAAGCAGGCCCUGCAGCGCACCUUCAACGAGUUCCUCACGGUACUCGAGGACGCCGUCUCGUCCGAGCUCCAGCACUCGCUCGCGCUGUUCGCCCUCUUCGAGGCGAUCGACCACCAGUUCCUCAACCUGGCCCGCACCGUCAUCCGCGAGGCCUCGCUGCAGGACGAGGCGCACGCCGACCUGCUCUCGUCGCUCUGGACGCGCAUUCUGGGGCCCAAGGCGUCCGAGGUGGCCAAGUACGAGCGCAACCGGGAGCUGCUGCGCAACGUGCGCGAGAAGACGGUCGCCAACAAGGGCAUCCUGGUCGAGCACAACCACAAGCUGCUCACCCUCAAGGCCCAGCUCGAGAACCUCCGCCGCAAGCUCGUCUCCCCGCUCGUCCGCAGCGUCAACAGCAGCACCCUCACCCUCGACGAGCAGAUCCGCGGCCUCGAGGUCGUCGGCGCCCACCUCGAGGACGUCCGCAUGCAGCAGAAGAGCAAGCUCUUCCAUACCCUCUACGGGAGUGCCGGCAGCGGUAGCGGCGCCGCCAGGUUACCCCCCUCCCCGGCGGCCGCGUCCAUGGGCGGGAGGCGGUUCGCCACGGCCGACAUCAAGGAUGGAAGCGGUUAGAGUGGUGGUGUAAGGAAGCGCUCUAGCGUUUCUUUGGUAUUGUCCCUUUCUCUGCUCUCUCUCCCCCCUCCCACACCGUCCCCUCUUUCACAAGGCUUGAAAGGGAGUAAGCAGUGCCAAGAGAGACGGGAGUAUACUAACCAGGAGUUUUGAGGUUGUGCUCUUUUUUAUUAUUUUCUUUCCGGGUUUCUAGGGCGAAAAAAAAGGCGUCAUAUCUUGUGUUCAGGGUUGUUUGUUUCCAUCUUGUUCUUCUUGGAGCGGAAGGCUUGGGUUUGCUGGGCUAAGCUACUGCUAUUUCUUUCAGAUAUGAGGGGAUGGAGGAUGGACCGGAGCAUAUGGAGUCUCGCAUUCUUGGAUCUGGCGCAUGCAGUGGGUUAACAGUCCGGAAGAGCGACAGAUUACUUCCAUCUAACUCUACUUCACUUGUACCGAGACCCUGCGGUCGUCAAGGUGCACCCGGAUAGUUGCUUGGUCCUUGGCAUUCUCAGCCCUCGGAUCAGUACUGGCUGUGAGAGUAGGUUAGCUGCCA